AGACUUCUUGUCUGUGAAACAACCUUAAUUAAAAUUUGCAACUGCACAUCGCAAUGGUGGAUAGAUCGACUUUCGACGAAGGGCUCUCGGUCUUAGAUGCUUCGGCAUCAAAAUCAAUGAACGGAAAGUACUCCUCGAUUGCAGCCAGCGUAUCCUCUCCAACUCCAACCGUGCAGCAACAAAAGUUUACACCUGGGUCAAUCAACACUACGCUGCAACAUCAGAGCCGUCUCUCCGCCUUCUCUCCGAUCCAACCCGUCCUAACCCCGCGGGAAACACCACGUGGAACGAGCAUGGGCCUGGUCCUUCUUUCGCCUUCACGAACGAUUACUGAAACCCUGAAUGCUCUGGCCUCUUCUACGGCGCAACAACUCGAGGAUAUAUGGGACGAGGUUGGGUACACCCCGCAAGAGCGAGCUUCUCAGCUCUCCGACUUGCUCGAAAAGUUUCGAAGCCAAUGCGAACACAAAAUUUCGGAAGAGCAGACAGUUGCCGAGACAUUUCGCCAGACAAUUGCCGAUUCCAAGAUGGAGAUCAAAGCCAUCUCUAAUUCCCUUAAGCAGACCGUCGAUCAUCGGCUUUUGAGAGACAAUAAUGGAGAGAUGACGUUGACAGAUGAGCUGGCGAAUUUGGAAGCGACACUCGAUGGACUCCGCCUAGAUGCCAAUGAAGCACGACGAGAGCUACAAGAGUGUCAAGAAUAUUUGAUUGAGUCACAUAGCUCGCUCGGAAGGAGUUUGGAUGAUUGCUGGAGUGAUAUUGAAAACGAUCUGACUGACAAACGCCGAGAAGCCUUCCGCGAAAAGGUCGAAGAAAUGAAACAAGAAAUGGCAACAAGGACUGCUGCUGUCAUACAACUUUUGCGCGAUUGCCAACACCUCAUGAAUGAUAUUGGGAUUGAUGGCCACGCUGAGAAUGCAUCGGAUCUUGACAGGCGCAUUUCCGGUAGUCUUGUUAGAUCGAAAGACUCAAGCUUUAUGAUGGUAUCUAAGUUUGAAACUGAUACAUGCACAGGAAUCAGUGCCAAGGCGCUCGAGGCCCUUACGUCCAGAGCCUCGGAGCUAAGUAGUGAAAAACGCCGCAGAAAAGACCUGCUCCAAGAAAUGGGUGGUGAGAUUGCUGCAUUAUGGGAGCAAUUAAGUAUUCCGGUGGAGGAACAACGAGCUUUUACAAAUAGCGUCAAGGGCCUUGGAAUGGAUACCAUUGAAAAGGGCAGCGCAGAACUGCAACGCUUGAAAUCAUUAAAAAGCGAAAUGUUAGGCAAGCUCAUUCAUGAAGCUAGAGAAAACAUCCAGCAGCUCUGGAAAGAAACGAAUGGAUCAUAUGAGCAGCGCAAGUCUUUUGAACCUUUUGUCGUACGUGACGAAGACCUCUUCGAUGACAAGCUACUUGAUGAGCACGAAGAAUACAUCGCAGUACUGCAAGAUCGAUUAGAGAAAAUGAAACCAAUCAACAGAAUAAUCAAUCGACGAGAGGAUAUCAUUCGUGAGAGAAUGGAGUACGAAGAAUUACAAAAAGACUCAGACCGAUUGAAGCAACGUGGUGCUGCGAUGGCAAAACAGCUGAUGGAAGAAGAGAAGAUGGCCAGACGAAUCAAAAAGGAGUUGCCAAAACUGACGAAAAUGCUGCAGGAAAAGCUAAACGAAUGGAAGGAAUCGCACGGCGAAGAUUUCCAGUACCAGGGACAGAUAUAUUUUGAUGUCAUGGAACAGCAAGAUGCAGAGUGGGCUGAGUACAAGAAAAAUGAAAUGCAGCUCAAAUUGAAAAAGAAGCAAGAUCACCAAAUUCACGAAGAGAACAGGCAAUUGGGAAAGAAGAUCCCUAUGGGUAGGAAGAAAGUAAAUGCACGGCCACUCGGCAAUUCCUCACGGGUCAAUACAAUGAAUUCAACACGUGGACAGGCUGUUGUUGAUAAGAAACCGCUUCGCCGAGCGAACACAGGACAAGCGAGGUUGCGAAACAUAUAGUUCUUCGGAGGAAAACAAUUUUGAGGGUAAAGGUCGAAGGAUUUACAUGAUUCGUCCUCGAUUGCCCAAUAGUACAUUGUUUGGUAUUUCCUGAAAGCCUCGGGGAUCAAAAGGUGAAGGAGCCAUCCAAAAACAUAUCCACGAACAUAGAAUUUAGAUUAAUCAUUGGUUUCCUAUUCAGAUAUUAUUUCAUUUCACACAUUUUAUAGUCAAUAAGGCAAGUUGUUUAUG